ACGAUUUUAGCUCUUGAAGACUCUCUUUAUUUACUUUGUGAUUGAUUACGCUAUAAUAAUGUUGCAAAAACGAGUGGGGCAUAUUUUCUUCGGAAUUUGCAUAUCAACUUUACUUCUGCCCCUUUCAGGCAGUACUGUUUCUAAUCUAGAUGACGAUCCAAAACAUGUGAACCCAUUGACAUUGGACCGUUCAGUAAAUAGUUCAACAACAACAAUACGACCAGAUUCUACUACAACUCCAAGUUAUUCACCUUCUAAUCCUUCAGUAGUUGAGACGAUGAAAAUAUCGACAUCUACUGAAAGUUUGUCAGCGUCUACAAUGACUGGCGAAGAUCCAAAAUGUCAUGAUUUAGAUAAAAUUGAGAUGUAUUCAAAUCCGGAAAAUUGUGUCGAAUAUUUUGUCUCCUGCAUUCGUUUAGUGCCUCAAGCGGAAUCCGAGUCUCAUUCCCCGGUUUCCUCUGCUGUGCUUACGGAGCGAUAUGCCAUUCGUAAAAGUUCGUGCACAGAAGGCUUCCUUUUUGAUGGAAUAGAAAAGUUAUGUAUGGUUGCUGAGCAGGCGAACUGCAAUGUGACAUAUGCAACCAUUUGUCAAAAUGAAGCAAAUUUUCACUCAGAUCCUGUGCAGCCCUCCGUUUUUAUUGAAUGCCUGAAUGGCACUGCAAAACGUCAAAACUGUCAACCAAGAGGAACCAUUUUUGACGAAACAACGCAAACAUGUGUUAAGAAGCCGAUUCAGUCCCUCAGUGAUCCUCCCACAAAAUUUCACAAUAGCAAUGAAUCUAAAUCUGAAUCGCUCAGCUUUUCAUUGUUAAGAAUUUUUGUUUGGAUCGUUUCAAGUACGCAAGAUAAGUUGUCCCCUUGGAUGGAAACUGUUAAACUGUACACAAACUCAACCCGAAGAUACUUGAGCGAAAAUUUCUCUCUCACUACGACCGAGGAUGAUGACGAUGAAGAUGACGAAGACGACAUACUCUCCACCGAUUUAAAUAACUCCAUGUCAUCAAAUUCGUCGUCAAAUAAUUAUUCUGAUUCUGAAAUUGAAUUUGAAGAUCAAGAUAGAGAAAUAUUGGUGUUAACCCACGACACAAGUUAUCUUGCAUUAUAUUAUGGCGUAAUGGCAGCCAUUGCGAUUAUCAUUAUUCUUACAUGGGUUGCAAUUGCAUUUAUCUGCAAUAAGAUAUGCAGUUGUUGUGAUACAUAUAUUUAUGAUGACGAUGACGAAGAUUUUUUCAAAUACGAUCCCAACGACAAAUAUGUGAUGAGUCGGUUAUAAAUAGAAUUACAUUUAAUAUACAGUUAACUAUUUGAAAAUGUAACAGAUUAAAUAAACGUUAUUAUUGCUUUUUUAAACUUAA